CCCCUCGUGCCGCUACCACCGCCGCGGAGAGGAGCCGCCGGCGGCACCCAGAGCCGGCAAUCCGGGCGGACAGACAUGAAGCCAAUGAAGAGGGCCUGUCCUGGCCUUGCAGGUCCUGGUAGUGGCAGCAAGUCCCCACCAGCCACCAGGGCGAAGGCUCUGAGGCGGCGGGGGGCCGGGGAGGGUGACAGAGCUGAGGAGGAGGAGGAACCACAGCAGCAACCAGGCCCAGAAGAGGCCGGAGAGGGCGAGGAGGAGGCGGCCGAGGGCCCGGCCCCAGACCUGCACCCCAGUGACCCUACUCCAGGCCUGGCGGAAGAUCCCAAGGGGGACGGUGAGGCAGGUCGCUGGGAACCCUCACUCAGCCGCAAGACAGCCACUUUCAAGUCGCGAGCCCCCAAGAAGAAGUAUGUGGAAGAGCAUGGCUCUGGCAGUGCGGGCGCGUCCGGGGCCCCCGAGGAGCGGGAGCAGACCCCCGAGGAGGCCAGUGCCCUGGGUGUGCCUCCGCCGCCACCCGCCUCCACCCGCUCCUCCUCCACGGACACAGCUAGUGAGCACUCAGCCGACCUGGAGGACGAGCCAGCCGAGGCUUGCGGUCCAGGCCUCUGGCCCCCUGGAGGCUCCAGUAGUGGCUUUGACCUGCGGCAGCUAAGGUCCCAGCGGGUGCUGGCGCGGCGCGGCGACGGCCUCUUCCUGCCUGCUGUGGUGCGCCAGGUGCGCCGCAGUCAUGACUUGGGCGUGCAGUUCCCCGGGGACCGGGCCUUGACCUUCUACGAGGGACUGCCUGGUGCUGGUGUGGAUGUGGUUUUGGAUGCCACCCCACCGCCGGGCGCACUGGUGGUGGGCACAGCCGUGUGUACCUGUGUGGAACCUGGCGUGGCUGUCUACCGGGAGGGCGUAGUGGUGGAGGUGGCCACUAAGCCAGCUGCCUACAAGGUCCGCCUCAGCCAUGGUCCCAGCUCCCAGCCAGGGCCACCAGGCUCCCUGCCGCAGCUCCAACAGCAGCUGCAUCGCGGGCCCGAGGAGGCCUUGUGGGUGGCCCGAUCCAGUCUGCGCCUGCUACGCCCCCCCUGGGAAUCGGAGGCCCUGCUGAGGAAGCCCCCCGCAGGCCCCGAGGAGGAACAGGCCGAGCCUGGGGCCACCCUGCCUCCCUGCCCUGCUGCACUGGAGCCCAAGCAGCCCGAAGAUGCCGAAGUGUCCAAGAUCAGCUUUGGUGGCAGCCUGGGAGCUCGCUGCGAGGAGACUGAAGAGAAGCACCCGCCAGCCCUGGGCACCCCCGUUCUGCUCCCACUGCCCCCGCCCCAGCUUCUGUCACCACCUCCCAAGUCCCCGGCCUUUGCAGGCCCCUGCCGCCCCGGUGAGCAGCCCUCGCCCUGCCAGGAGGGGAGCCAGGGUGGCAGCCGGAGCAGCAGCGUGGCCUCCCUGGAGAAGGGAGCCGCCCCCGCCGCCCGGGCCCGCACCCCGCUGACGGCUGCCCAGCAGAAGUACAAGAAGGGCGAUGUGGUGUGCACCCCCAACGGGAUCCGAAAGAAGUUCAACGGCAAGCAGUGGCGGAGGCUGUGCUCUCGCGACGGCUGCAUGAAGGAGUCCCAGCGGCGGGGCUACUGCUCGCGCCACCUGUCCAUGCGCACCAAGGAGAUGGAGGGCCUGGCGGACGGCGGGCCAGGCGGCCCUGGGCGGGCGGCUGGUGUGGCAGCCCGGGAGGGCAGCACCGAGUUCGACUGGGGCGACGAGACCUCGAGGGACAGCGAGGCCAGCAGCGUGGCCGCCCGGGGAGACUCGCGCCCGCGCCUGGUGGCCCCCGCCGACCUGUCUCGCUUCGAGUUCGACGAGUGCGAGGCGGCCGUGAUGUUGGUGUCCCUGGGCAGCUCCCGCUCGGGCACGCCCUCCUUCUCUCCCGUGUCCACCCAGUCGCCCUUCUCCCCGGCCCCUUCGCCCUCGCCCUCGCCGCUCUUCGGCUUCCGCCCUGCCAACUUCAGCCCCAUCAACGCCUCGCCCGUCAUCCAGCGCACCGCCGUGCGCAGCCGCCACCUGAGCGCCAGCACCCCGAAGGCCGGCGUGCUGACGCCACCGGACCUGGGCCCCCACCCGCCGCCACCUGCUCCCCGAGAGCGCCAUUCCUCUGGCAUCCUACCUACCUUCCAGACCAACUUAACCUUUACUGUGCCCAUCAGCCCUGGGCGGCGGAAGACAGAACUGCUGCCCCACCCGGGGACUCUGGGGGCCCCUGGCGCAGGAGGCGGAGGAGCUGCCCCAGAGUUCCCCAAGAGUGACAGUUUAGAUUCUGGUGUGGACUCGGUGUCCCACACACCUACUCCCUCCACACCGGCUGGCUUCCGGGCUGUGUCGCCCGCCGUGCCCUUCUCUCGCUCCCGCCAGCCUUCGCCGUUGCUGCUGCUGCCCCCGCCUGCUGGACUGACCUCCGACCCAGGCCCUUCUGUGAGAAGGGUGCCCGCUGUGCAGCGGGACUCACCCGUCAUUGUCCGCAACCCUGAUGUGCCACUGCCCUCCAAAUUCCCUGGAGAGGUGGGCACUGCCGGUGAGGCGAGGGCUGGGGGACCUGGGCGGGGCUGCCGUGAGACCCCAGUGCCUCCCGGGGUGACCAGUGGGAAGCCUGGUCUGCCUCCACCUCUGCCUGCCCCCGUGCCCAUCACCGUGCCUCCAGCCGCGCCAACCGCUGUGGCCCAGCCGAUGCCCACCUUUGGCCUGGCUUCCUCACCCUUCCAGCCCGUGGCCUUCCAUCCUUCACCUGCUGCCCUGUUGCCAGUCCUCGUUCCCAGCAGCUAUACCAGCCACCCUGCCCCCAAGAAGGAAGUGAUCAUGGGCAGGCCUGGUACAGUGUGGACGAAUGUGGAACCCCGUUCUGUGGCUGUGUUCCCUUGGCACUCCUUAGUCCCCUUUCUGGCACCGAGCCAGCCAGACCCCUCUGUGCAGCCCAGUGAGGCCCAGCAACCUGCCAGCCACCCUGUGACCUCCAACCAGAGCAAAGAGCCUGCUGAAUCGGCUGCUGUUGCUCAUGAGCAGCCCCCUGGAGGGACGGGGAGUGCUGACCCUGGGCGUCCCCCGGGAGCCACGUGCCCUGAGAGCCCAGGGCCUGGACCCCCACUCACACUGGGGGUGGUGGAACCUGGUAAAGGUGUCCCUCCCACCACUGAGGAGGAGGCCCCGGGCCCUCCAGGAGAGUCCCGGCUGGACAGUGAGACAGAGAGCGAUCACGAUGAUGCCUUCCUCUCCAUCAUGUCUCCUGAGAUCCAGUUGCCUUUGCCUCCUGGGAAGCGCCGGACCCAGUCCCUGAGUGCCCUGCCUAAGGAACGGGAUUCCUCUUCUGAGAAGGAUGGACGCAGCCCCAACAAGCGGGAGAAGGACCACAUCCGGCGGCCCAUGAACGCCUUCAUGAUCUUCAGCAAGCGGCACCGAGCCCUGGUCCACCAGCGUCACCCCAACCAGGACAACCGGACAGUUAGCAAGAUCCUGGGUGAAUGGUGGUACGCCCUGGGGCCCAAGGAGAAGCAGAAGUACCACGACCUGGCCUUCCAGGUGAAAGAGGCCCACUUCAAGGCCCACCCAGAUUGGAAGUGGUGCAACAAGGACCGGAAGAAGUCCAGCUCAGAGGCCAAGCCCACGAGCCUGGGCCUGGCAGGAGGGCACAAGGAGACACGGGAGAGGAGCAUGUCAGAGACGGGCACUGCCGCUGCCCCUGGGGUGUCCUCUGAGCUCUUGUCGGUUGCAGCCCAGACACUCCUGAGCUCGGACACCAAGACUACGGGAAGCGGCCCCUGUGGAGCCGAACGGCUACAUACAGUUGGGGGACCUGGCUCAGCCAGGCCUCGAGCCUUUUCCCACAGUGGGGUGCACAGUCUGGAUGGCGGGGAAGUAGACAGCCAGGCGUUACAAGAACUGACUCAGAUGGUGUCUGGCCCCACGUCGUACUCUGGCCCAAAGCCUUCUCCUCAGUAUGGCGCUCCAGGACCUUUCGCUGCCCCCAGUGAGGGGAGUACCUUGGCAGCCAGUGGCCGGCCCCCGUUGUUGCCUUCUCGAGCCUCUCGCUCCCAGCGUGCGGCCAGUGAGGACAUGACCAGUGAUGAGGAACGCAUGGUCAUCUGCGAGGAGGAAGGGGAUGACGAUGUCAUUGCUGACGACAGCUUCAGCACCACUGACAUUGAUCUCAAGUGUAAGGAGCGAGUGACGGACAGCGAGAGCGGGGACAGCUCUGGGGAGGACCCAGAGGGCAGCAAGGGCUUUGGCCGUAAGGUGUUCUCACCUGUCAUCCGCUCCUCUUUUACCCACUGCCGUCCAACCCUGGACCCUGAGCCACCAGGGCCUCCAGACCCGCCUGCAGCCUUCAGCAAAGGCUACGGUCCUGCUUCAUCUUCCUCCUCCUCACCUGCUGCCACCUCGGUGUCCGUCACCACCUCCUUUUCACUGGGCUCCGGAACCUUCAAAGCCCAGGAGUCUGGUCAGGGCAGCACAGCUGGCCCACUACGGCCCCCACCCCAUGGAACUGGGGGUCCAGCCACACCUUCCAAAGCCGCCAGGUUCAUCCCAACGGAUCCUGCCACCUUCCGCCGCAAGAGACCCGAGAGUGUGGGUGGUUUGGAGCCACCUGGCCCCUCAGUUAUUGCAGCACCUCCCAGUGGGGGAGGGAACAUUCUACAGACGCUAGUCCUGCCUCCAAACAAGGAGGAGCGCGAGGGCAGCGGAGCCCGGGUGCCCGCGGCGCCCGCUCCCUCACUGGCUUACGGCGCUCCGGCUGCGCCCCUGUCCCGCCCUGCUGCCACGGCGGUCACCAGUGUCGUGCGGCCUGUCAGCAGCACUCCCGUGCCCAUCGCCUCUAAACCCUUCCCUGCCUCUGGCCGAGCUGAGGCUCCUUCAAGUGACACGGCAGGUGCCAGGACGGUGCCCGGGGGCUCCCCACUGGGUGUCAGUUUAGUGUAUUCGGACAAGAAGUCAGCAGCAGCCACCUCACCAGCCCCACACUUGGUAGCGGGGCCCCUACUGGGCACUGUGGGAAAAGCACCUGCCACGGUCACCAACCUGUUGGUGGGCACGCCAGGCUAUGGGGCCCCUGCGCCUCCUGCUGUUCAGUUCAUUGCCCAGGGGGCCCCUGGCAGUGCCACCACUGUGGGCUCAGGAGCAGGUGCUGGGAGCGGCCCCAAUGGGCCAGUACCUCUGGGCAUCCUGCAACCAGGUGCCCUGGGCAAGGCUGGGGGAAUCACCCAGGUGCAGUACAUCCUUCCCACGCUGCCUCAGCAGCUUCAGGUGGCGCCCGCCCCAGCGCCCGCCCCUGGGACCAAGGCAGCAGCUCCCAGUGGUCCUGUGCCCACCACCAGCAUCCGUUUCACCCUCCCGCCGGGCACCUCCACCAAUGGCAAGGUCCUGGCUGCCACCGCACCCACUCCUGGAAUCCCCAUCCUGCAGUCAGUACCCUCCGCCCCACCCCCUAAAGCCCAGUCAGUCUCUCCCGUCCAGGCCCCGCCCCCUGGCGGCUCAGCCCAGCUGCUGCCUGGGAAGGUGCUAGUGCCCCUGGCUGCCCCUAGCAUGUCGGUGCGUGGCGGAGGGGCAAGCCAGCCGCUGCCCCUGGUGAGCCCGCCCUUCUCAGUACCUGUGCAGAAUGGCGCCCAGCAACCCGGCAAGAUCAUCCAGCUGACUCCUGUGCCUGUGAGCACACCCAGUGGCUUGGUGCCACCCCUGAGCCCAGCCACACUCCCUGGACCCGCCUCGCAGCCUCAGAAGGUCUUGCUGCCCUCCUCGACCAGAAUCACCUAUGUGCAGUCAGCAGGUGGGCACACGCUGCCUCUGGGCACUAGCCCUGCGUCCAGCCAGCCUGGGACGGUCAGCUCAUAUGGGCCUACCAGCUCUGUAGCUCUGGGCUUCGCCUCACUGGGGCCCAGCGGUCCUGCCUUUGUUCAGCCUCUGCUUUCAGGCCAAGCCCCACUGCUGGCUCCUGGCCAGGUGGGCGUGUCGCCUGUGCCCAGCCCCCAGCUGCCUCCUGCCUGCGCAGCCCCUGGCGGUCCUGUCAUGACAGCGUUUUAUCCUGGCAGCCCUGCGCCCACCUCGGCGUCUCUAGCCCAGUCUUCCCAGGCUCCUCCAAGCCUGGUCUACACUGUGGCCACCAGCACCACCCCUCCCGCUGCCACCAUUCUGCCCAAGGGCCCGCCAGCCCCUGCCCCUGCCACCCCCACCCCCACCCCCACGAGUCCUUUCGCUAGUGCCGCAGGAGGCUCUGUGACUUACAGCCUAGUGGCCCCCAAGGCCCAGCGACCGGGCCCGAAGCCCCCUCAGAAGGUGAAGGCGGCCAUCGCCAGCAUUCCUGUGGGCUCCCUGGAGGCAGGCGCCGCUGGGCGGACUGGCCCUGGAUCUCGGCAGCCUCUGGAGUCUGGUCCAGCCCGAGAGCCAGUUGCCCCAGAGUCUGAGCUCGAGGGGCAGCCCACUCCACCGGUCCCUCCACUACCCCCAGAGGCCUGGGCUCCCACUGCCCGGAGCAGCCCCCCACCACCACUGCCUGCCGAGGAGCGACCUGGCACCAAAGGCCCUGAGACACUGGCCAGCAAAUUCCCCAACUCAUCUUCAGACUGGCGCGUCCCCGGGCUGGGUUUGGAUACUCGAGGGGAGCCGCCGCCUCCUCCCAGCCCAGCUCCAGCUCCAGCCACAGCUCGGGCGGGGGGCGGCAGUGAGGGCAGCGGCGGGCGGGCGGCUGGGGACACGCCCGAGCGCAAGGAGGCGGCUAGUUCGGGCAAGAAGGUGAAGGUGCGGCCCCCGCCCCUGAAGAAGACCUUUGACUCUGUGGACAACAGGGUCCUGUCGGAGGUCGACUUUGAGGAGCGCUUUGCCGAGCUGCCGGAGUUUCGGCCAGAAGAGGUGCUGCCUUCACCCACCCUGCAGUCUCUGGCCACCUCACCCCGGGCUAUCCUCGGCUCCUACCGCAAGAAGAGGAAAAACUCCACUGACCUGGACUCCGCACCCGAGGACCCCACGUCGCCCAAGCGCAAGAUGAGGAGACGCUCCAGCUGCAGCUCGGAGCCCAACACCCCCAAGAGCGCCAAGUGCGAGGGGGACAUCUUCACCUUUGACCGCACAGGCCCCGACGCCGAGGACGUGCUUGGGGAGCUGGAGUACGAGAAGGUGCCCUACUCCUCGCUGCGGCGCACCCUGGACCAGCGCCGGGCUCUGGUCAUGCAGCUCUUCCAGGACCACGGCUUUUUCCCGUCAGCCCAAGCCACGGCAGCCUUCCAGGCCCGUUAUGCAGACAUCUUCCCAUCCAAGGUGUGCUUGCAGUUGAAGAUCCGCGAGGUCCGCCAGAAGAUCAUGCAGGCGGCCACUCCUACAGAGCAGCCCCCUGGAGUGGAGGCUCCCCUCCCUGGACCACCCCCUGCUGGCACCGCUGCUACUCCUGCCCCCACUCACAGCCCUGCUGGGGGUCCCGAUCCCACCUCUCCUGGCUCGGACUCUGGCACUGCCCAGGCUGCCCCACCACUGCCUCCACCCCCCGAGCCAGGGCCUGGGCAGCCUGGCUGGGAUGGAGCCUCUCCCCCUUCCCCCCCUCCCCCAGGCCCUUCCACAGCUGCCACAGGCAGGUGAGGGGCCCUUUGAGAAGAGCCCAGGACCCACUGUACCCCCUCCUCAAGACAUGGACAGUAUGUAGGUGGCAGGAAUGGGGGGGGCAUGGUGGGAUGGUUACCACCUCUCCAGCAAAGCCAUUUCGUCCUUUCCAGCUUGGGGCGGAAUGAGGCCUGUUCCCCUUGUAUAUACUCCCUUCCCCGCCCCCCAGCUCCCUCCCUGUGCUGGGGGGCAGCUGAGAGGAAGCAGGGGCGCAGUAUCCCUCUGCUGAGGCCCUGUCCAUAACCUGGAGUGUGUGACCUUCAGAGCUUUUCACUUGUACUUUAUGCAAAAUGGCCCGUGUGAGGGCUGCAAGCUGGAGGGCAGUGAGCCCUGGGCAACAGGGAGGUGCCUGUGGAGUAGGGGGAGUUCACGCACCCCCUUUUCCCCCAGAGGGGCUGGACUCAGGUUAGUUUGGGGUGGGGAGGGCUCCUGCACUUUGCCACAGGCAUGGGGGUUCUCCCCACCCUCUCUGCCCUCUCAGCUUGGGUUGUACUUUCUAAGAAGGUGACUCCCCGACCAUUGUCCCUGUCCCCAGAACAAAACAUGUUGAUCAUGUGCAAUAUUUCUUACUGUGCCGAGAAGCCGCAAUGACCGAGAUUAAAGCUGUUUAACACAC